AUGGCGCCCUCUCUCGAAGAGCCCGAAGCCGUGCAAGACGUGCUCUCGAACCCCCUCAAAUCCAAGCCCCAGCUCGUCGCCCCCGAACCCGAGCACUGCCCCGGCCCCGAGUCCGAACAGGCAGGCAAGGCCGACAACUGCGCCGGCUGUCCGAACCAAGCCAUAUGCGCCUCCGCGCCCAAGGGGCCCGACCCGGACAUCCCUCUCAUCUCGGCCCGCCUGUCGGGCAUCAAGCACAAGAUCCUAAUCCUGUCGGGCAAGGGCGGCGUGGGCAAGAGCACGUUCACGAGCCUGCUGGGCCACGCCUUCGCCGCGCGCGAGGAGAGCAAUGUCGGCAUCAUGGACACGGAUAUCUGCGGCCCCUCCAUACCCAAGAUGAUGGGCGUCGAGUCCGAGACGAUACACGUGUCCGGCACGGGCUGGAGCCCUGUCUGGGUCACAGACAACCUCGGCGUCAUGAGUAUACAGUUCAUGCUGCCGAAUCGCGACGAUGCCGUCAUUUGGCGCGGGCCCAAGAAGAACGGCCUGAUCAAGCAGUUCCUCAAGGAUGUGGAGUGGGGAGACUUGGACUUCCUGCUGGUAGACACGCCGCCGGGCACGAGCGAUGAGCACCUGAGCGUCAACAGUUACCUCAAAGAGAGUGGCAUCGACGGUGCCGUCAUGGUCACAACGCCUCAGGAGGUCGCGCUUCUGGAUGUCAGGAAAGAGAUUGACUUCUGCAAGAAGGCAGGUAUACGGGUUCUUGGGCUGGUCGAAAACAUGAGCGGCUUUGUUUGUCCAAAUUGCACACACGAAAGUCAAAUAUUCCGGGCUACGACCGGUGGAGGCGCGGCUCUGGCGAAGGAGAUGGGUAUUCCGUUUCUUGGAGAAGUACCGUUGGACCCGAGGAUAGGACGUUCUUGCGACUAUGGAGAGAGCUUCUUCGACGCGUUCCCCAAUAGUCCAGCUUGCACGGCCUUGAAAAGGGUGGUGCGAGGAUUGGGGGAUCAACUAGGCAUAGAUCCGCAGCUUGUACUGCCUGAUGACUGA